AUGGCGCCCCUAGUGAUAGCAUUUUUCUACGAAAGUUUCUCCCUCUAUCGUUCCCGCGGCUACAGCUUCGAAGACUGUGUAGAGCUGGACCAGGAUGAAACCAUCGAAGCCAUUGCCCAAUCCCUCCGAAGCAAUGGCUACGAAGUAGUCCUGGUAGGUGAUGUCAAGGAACUGGUGAGCCGGAUGGCCAAAGGAGAACAUGAGCAGUGGGAUCUAGCUUUCUCAAUCUCCGAGGGAAUGCAUGGGGUUGGCCGUGAAGCUCAAGUGCCCGGACUACUGGAGGCGUAUCGCAUUCCGCAUGUAUUAUCGGAUGCGGCAACGUUGGCUUUGUGUUUGGAUAAGGGAAAGACGAAGAUGGUCCUCGAAUAUCAGGGUAUUACGACUGCACCCUUCGCCGUUGUCCCGGCAUUGUGGACUCCCAAUGGCCCGACGGCAUCAACAGUAUCGCAGCUCUUGGAAAGAAGCAUCCAUGCAGAAGAACUACAAGACUUCCCGCUCUUCAUCAAACCAGCCUGCGAGGGGUCCUCAAAAGGGAUUUACCCCUUCAGCAAAGUGACCUGUCCUUCCGAACUAGAGGACGGUGUCCAGAAGCUCCAGGGGCGAUUCCCAGGACAAAGUAUCCUGGUGGAGAAAUAUCUGGCUGGAAACGAGUACACAGUCAGUCUGCUGGGGACGGGCAAUUCUGCGAAAGUCCUUGGCUCGCUCCAAGUAAACUGGUCGAAUCCAGCCGACGGCGGCUUCUUCACCAUCUCCAAUAAAAACGAGGAGGGGAAUGAUCACCUGGACCAAUGUGUGGAUGCUCACAAUAAUCCUGAAGUUCAGGCCUCUGAGGAUCUUGCCCUGCGGGCAUGGAGGGCGCUGGAGUGUUACGAUGUUGGACGAGUGGAUGUUCGAUUUGGGGCGAAUGGAAAGCCGUAUGUUCUGGAGCUCAAUCCACUGCCUGGGUUGCGUCCGCAAUGGUCCAACCUGGUACAAACCGCCAAGUACCACGGUAUCAGUCAUGAGGUACUCCUAGGCAGAGUUGUUGAAAGCGCAUUGCAAAGAUAUCCGGAUUUGCGUGAGAAACAGAGUGACAAGCAGCUGAGGUAA